AUGAGUACAAAUCCUCCCGUACCACCACCACUUCCAGCUGAUAAUACCAUCACUCCUCUAAAAUUAUACCAAAUACAAAAUUCACUGAGUGAUUCUAUUUGUCAAUGGACUACUGAGCUGGAGUUACGAGAAGCUUGUGCAAAAAAUAACAUUUGCCUUUACAAAGCUCCUCAUCAGUUCAAAUAUAAAAACUUUAAAGCUAUUACACAAGUGGGCCCAACUUGUGGCUUAGUAGCAUUAUCUAUGCUUUUAAAUGGAGAGGUUAGCCCUGAUGAGUUACUGAAUAUAGUUAUAGCAGAAGGUUACAGCAAUAAUGGUGAGAUGUUUAGUUGUCAGAAUAUGGUACAACUUGUUGAAAAAGUAUUAAAUCUGUCUAAAAAAAAUAAUGCCAGUUUCCAUUUAAGACAUGGACUUUAUAGCAAAGAAAUAAUACUUGAAUUGUUGAAUGGUGCUACUUUGUUGGUUGCAUAUGAUGCAGAUUGCAAUCACUCACCCUGCCUCCGAAAUGGACACACUGCACAUUGGGCAUUAGUGUGUGGAAUUAUAAUUAUUGAUGACCCUAAUGGAUAUUAUUUGUCUGAUCCUAACAAUAUUUACAUAUUUUGUAGACAUGGAAAGUCGAAAUAUCUUGCCAUGUGGCGUUUAGCUGAUUUAGAUAGUAGUAAUAAAAAUUUAAAUGAGUUUAAUCCCAAGAAAAAAGAAGAUGGUUUGUUAUAUAUUUUACCCGAAGGUGGCAUGGGUGGAAAAAAUGGCUUAAAAGGCCAGUUUGUUAUGUUUAAAGGUCUUUGA